GUUCCGUGUAACUCGCACUGCUACUUUAGGGAGAACAGUCCACUAGGAGAAUCUAGAUUCGACAACAACCGUGGCACAGAAUGGAGCACAUAUAUGUGACUUAUCACUUCCCCCCGAGAUGGCCUCUAAAGGGGGGCAGCCACACAAUGUUACGACAUCCGUGCUCGCAUGUACGAUGCUCUCAUAUGAUGCUAUGGCGUCUGCCUCCUUGCGUCCACCUCAUGCACCUGUGUUUGUUUCUAUGUUGGUUGGACUGGAUAGAGAGAAUCAUAGAGUCAGUCGUCAUGGAGAGAUGCUUGCCACUUGGAAGCGAAUUCUCAUUAAUCUAAGAGGCCAUCGGGGACUUCUGCCUGUACGGUUCACACAUAAAAAGCUUCCCAAAGCCCCGUUUCCCUUCACCGGAGUAGACUUUAUCUCCGAUACUCUCACAGGUCGAGCUCCAUAAGAGGAUUCGCAACGAAUACCAAUUUGAUCCAGAUAAGAUCUCGCCGAAUCUUGUGGUAAGGAUACGAUACGAAGCACCAACCCAUGAUGCUGUAGCAUUGCUAAUAGAGUCUCGUCGUGAAUUCAUCAGCUUACUCCCUCGAAUCGUUGCCCAUAAUGUGCGACUGGGAGGAAUUCCUCUUCACCUGCAACCACUCCCAGGUCCGGC